AACUUUUAUUAUUGCAUAUCAGCAUAUCGUCACGUGCAGAAGGACGGGUUAGAUGAAAUUAAAAACUAUUAAAACGUAAAGCUUAAAAGCUCGUAAGCACUAAUCAGUCAGUCAUUAUAAUGAUAAACUGGCUACUGAAAGUUUGUGGUUACUGAACUCGACUGUUCGAACAGUAUUUAAUGAUUCAAUAGUUACAAUAAGUCUAGAAAUAAGUUCUUGAUUAUCCUGAUAACAUAACAGAUUUGAUUAAAAGUCUAUAUUGGCUAAUUACUAUUAAUAAUCCAGGAUUAGAAGUAAUGGGGAAAGAAAAAACUAGGAAUUUGUUAAUAGUUGGUCAAACUGGUGGUGGUAAAUCUACAUUAGCGAAUGUACUAAGCGGUAUUGUUGAUUCCGAGGAACACUCAAUUAGCGAGAAUGAAAAUUUCCAGAAAAAGGAUUUCGAAUGGAGAGGGACGAAAUAUCGUGUGGUUGAUACUAUCGGAAAAGAGGUCACAUACGAAAAAAUGGGGGAAUUAAUCCAUUUGAUACCGGAAGGGUUAAACCAAGUUCUAUUGGUGAUUGAUGGAAAAUUCAUGAUAAAGGAAAAAAUAGGAUUAUCCGAGUUAUUUAGAAAAUUAAUUUUUGAAGAUGGUAUUGCCGAAUAUAUCACUAUUGUGAGAACUAAAUUUAGUAACUUUAAAAAUGAAAGUGAGUGCAAAAAAGAUAAAGAAGAUUUGUGCAAGGAAAGUAAAACAAUUGCCAAAUUAUGUAAAAAUAUAGUCUAUGUAGACAAUCCCCCGAUAAGUAUUUUUGUUGAUGAUGAAGACGAUGAAGAAACAAUUAGAAUCAAUAGAAAAAGAAGAGAUCAGUCAAGAAAUAUACUAUUAGAACAUUUGGAGAAAACAUGUCACAAAUUAGAAAAGUGGGAUAAUUUAUGUGCUAAAAUUGACAGUUAUAUUCCCGUUUGAGGUGUUUGAGGUGUGCAAUAUAGCAAUCUUAAUAUUCCAUUUUCUUUGAUUUUAUUUUGUAUUAAUGUUUGAUAUGGUAUUUUAUCAAUAAAUAUUUUUUUAAAUCAGCUGUUUAGAUUUCACAUUGUUUGCAUCGUGAAAAUUAUUACGAUAAAAAGUAUAUCAAUCCUGUUUAGAAGCAGAUCAAGGCUCAUUGUUAAUUGAGCCUCUCCACUCCAAAUAUAAUAGCUGAAUUUCUUCUGGCUUAUCUUCUUUACAAAGUCAAUCAGAUUAAUCACUCUUUGAUUCUAACAUUGCAUUGAUUUAAAUUAAAACUUUAAAAAUUCCCGUUUAUCUACUUCGAAAUCGAUUAUUUCAAAUAUUACUUUUCGUGAUUCUAAUACAAUCAUCAAGUUUUAGUAUCACAAUCGCAAUUCACUUAUUCAAUUUG